AUGGAUGGAGACGUUCCGUUGCAUCAGUUUCCCAUGGAUCCGGAAAGGCACGCACAUGUAAACCUUGCUCCCCAGGUGGACGGUCCCGAAAGCGACCCUGAGCUGGCUCGCUAUCUCGACCGAUCCUUCUGGGAGAAGAAGAACUCCGAGCAGGAAAAGGACAAAGCGAGUACCCAGAAUCACGUCCCUUCGGCACCAGAGUCCAGUCCCGUGACGUCACAGAUCCCGAUCGGGAACGACGAGAAGCACUUAGCCUACUCUCGUUUGCUCACAGAGGGAAGACACAUCGGGAACGACUCCUUCGUCCAGACGCUCUUCCUCGACAUCACCUCGCUCCAUUCUAGGCUCGUUCGAGCCAUGGAGGAAGAAGAGAGAAAGCGAUAUCACUACGAGGGUCUUCAAGACAGGCUGAGCCAGAUCCGGGACAUGAGAACGGCGCUGGAUGCGCUGAGAGAAGAUCGCAGGGAGCGGAAGCGCCGAGAGGCGGAGGAAGCGCAGCGUCUCCGGCAGAUCCAGAUGGCGCAGAAGCUGGAGAUCAUGCGGAAGAAGAAAAGGGAAUAUCUCGAGUACCAGCGGCUGAAGGCGAUGCAGCGGAUGCAGGAGCAGGAGCGCGAGAUGCAGAUGAGACACGAGCAGCGAAAGCAGGCGUCCGAAACGGGACAGGCGCAGAUGCCCGUUCCCUACCCUCUGUCUCACGUCCUAUCCGCUUACCCCGUCCCACCCGCUGGAUACGUGGGAGGAAUGGCGGCGAGUCGGCCGACCGGAGUCUCUCCGCAGCCUUUGGGAUAUGAAACCGUGGGUCUGCGGCAGCCUUCGGGUCUUGGGCCCUCCCAGCAGCCGGGGAUGGUCGGACCGCUUCUUCGACAGCCGGCGCUGCAGGAUCUCGGUGCUCCGUCGCAGGGCGUGCAGGGUUCGCCGCAGCGGCAGCCGCUGGGUUCUUUUCCUUCUGGCGUCCCUGCUCCGCCGGGACACGCUUCGCUGCAUCAGAUUCCCGACGAAGCCCUGCGGAACGCCCUGAACGCGAAGCCGAAUGCCACCACUCGCGAAUUGGCGACUACAUUUGGAGUCACCCAUAUGGCCAUCGGCAACCAUCUGAACGACCUCGACAAGGCCACGAACUACCUCCUGCUCGAGGCAGACCUGGAAGCGACGCUAAGGCUCUGCGACUGCAUCCGACAGGGGGACACACAGCCCAAGUAUGCACUGAAUGCUCUCAAGAAGAAGCUGUACGACCAGAAUCCUCACGUGCAGCUCUUCUCUUUGCAGGUGUUAGAAUCCUGGAUGAAGAAUUGCGGUGGACCGAUCCACGAAGAAGUUGCGACUCGGGCGUUCAUGGACGAACUGCAGGAACUCAUCCAGGGCUCCAACAACGAGAAGGUUCGAUCCAAAAUCCUGGAACUCGUCCAGGUCUGGGCCUACGCGUUCAGGAACGAGCCCCGCUACGAGAUCGUCCAGGACAGAGUAUUCGCACUGAAAGCGCAGGGCCUUUCCUUCCCGACGCUGAAAGUGAGCGACGCGAUGAUCUCAUCCUCCACCGCACCCGAGUGGGUGGAUGGCGAACGCUGCCACCGCUGCCGCGACUACUUCUCCCUGGUGCGACGAAAGCAUCACUGCAGGGCCUGCGGCCAGAGCUUCUGCGACCCCUGCUCCAGCAAGCAGGCGAUCCUGCCAAAAUUCGGAAUCGAGAAGGAAGUCCGCGUCUGCGACACGUGUUGGGAGGAACGGACCAAACCGGUCUCUUCAACUGGGAAGAAAGGCGACCUCACCUCGGAAUCGUCCAAGCAGUCUCAAUUGUCUCCGAGCAAGUCCGAAGCGGAGCUGAAAGAAGAAGAGGACUUGCACCUGGCAUUGGCACUUUGCCAGUCCGAUGCCGAAUCCAAGGAACAAAGAGUAAACCUUGCUCCCCAGGUGGACGGUCCCGAAAGCGACCCUGAGCUGGCUCGCUAUCUCGACCGAUCCUUCUGGGAGAAGAAGAACUCCGAGCAGGAAAAGGACAAAGCGAGUACCCCGAAUCACGUCCCUUCGGCACCAGAGUCCAGUCCCGUGACGUCACAGAUCCCGAUCGGGAACGACGAGGUUCGUGCAGACGCG